UGCGCACGUAUAAAAAGACUGAGCAACAAUAAAUGUUAUUUAACCAAGAACUGGAGUGAUGAAAUCUUCAAUCGUCUUCUGUUUGCUUUUAGUGGCUCUGUGCUGCGUCGCCAAAGAGUGCGAUAAAAAUGAAGUUUUCAAUCCUUGCGGAUCUGCGUGCUUUCCUAAUGAGCCCAGUUGCAAACCAGCAAAGCCCAUCGAAGAUUUAGAAUGUGCUGCUGUUUGCGUUCCAAUGUGUGUCUGUGCCGAUGGGUUUCUUAGGAAUUCAUCAAAUAAAUGUGUGACGAAAGAAAACUGUUGA